AGCGGCUGGCAGCAGGCCGCAGUAGAGCGCGCGGCGCGGUCGGCGAUACACGCAUCAUGCUGGCUCCGGCGCUGAGCGUCCUCGCGCUGCUCGCGUGCGCCCCCGCAGUAACCGCCAGAGGCGCUGCAGCGAGACAUGUGGUGUAUGGACACCAGGAUACAACCCGAGACGUGGUGAGAGCGGCGAUGUGCCACUACAACGGGCGGCACUACGCGGAGGGUGCGCUGGUGCCGGUGCGCGCCCCCUGCCUGCGCUGCCAGUGCGGCCGCGGCGCCGUCUCCUGCCGCCGCCGCCCCUGCGCCGCACCUCCAGUGCCCACCGACUCCUGUCAUCAAGACCGCAGCUCUGACACCUGUUGCCCGCAUCUGCACUGCUCAGAUCUCACGGAUAUAGUGGAGAGUGUUCCUGACACCAUCACAAAGUAUGAGGAGGUGUAUCCUGAAAUUGUCAAGUCGCACACUCAUGAGCACCCGGUAUGUGUGGAGGCGGGCACGGCGUACGCGGCGGGCUCGGCGAUGCGCUCGGCGACGGCGUGCGAGCAAUGCUUCUGCCUCGGCGGCGAGCGGCGCUGCGUGCGGCCUCAGUGCUUGCGCCCGCCGCUCGGCUGCCGCGCGCGCCCCGCUCCCGGCUUCUGCUGCCCCCAGAGAUACUACUGCGACCAUCCCACGACCAGACCUCCUGACGAACGCCACCUGCAUGAUUGCGAAGUGGAGGGGCAGUGGGUACCGGAGGGCGAGCGCGUGCCGUCGCCCGAGGGUGCGGCUUGCUCACAGUGCUUCUGCCUCCGUGGCGCCGUGCGCUGCCAGGCGCUGGCCUGCGCGCCGCCGCUGCUCGGCUGCCGGCCGCUGCUGGAGGCGGGCCAGUGCUGCCCCCAUCAGUACCAAUGUGUCUUCCAACAACGACAAGGGUUACCGGAGUUUCACCCUCAACCCAUAUUAGAUAAUACAUUAAAUUCGUUACAAAAUAAAGAUCGAUCAUUCCGCAGCGCUCCUCCGAUGUCACACUAUAAUACGACGUCCGCAAUGUUGACUACUGUAACGGACGCUACGGCUACUUUGAUGAGUGAUAAAAACGAUUCCACUGCAACGACCAAAGUUAAAAGAAAAACAAGUGAUUUUUCGACCCAAACAACGAGUAAAGCGACAGAUGGUCUCACUACAGCAAUAACAACCGCACAAAAGACGGUCAACGCCAUCGCUAGCACAGACAGAACGACUUUACAGGCCGCGGAGGCCUCUACAUCCGAAGACGACACCACCGAGCAGCCCGAGAGCUCCGUAAAAAUCAUUAUCAACGGAACAAUUAAUUGUACUGCCGAAUUGUCAUCAACAACUUUUACAAUAAACUCGACCAAAGCAAACGAGGUGGAGAAGUAUUCUGAUGUAGAAAAUAUCCAAGCGCGCUUACCUAACAUAGCACAGAGCUUUGAAUCUCACACUUACAACCCGAACGAUAUCAUCACUGAUAGAAAUUACAACGAGGAGUUUGAUGAAAAUGAGUCUUACGUCAUAAACGUUACCAGUUCACUGAUUAGCUCAUUGCGAACCAACAACACGGUCACCAGCCCGGCACCCUCCUCCGCCAAAGCGACGCACGCGGCGGCCGGGGACUCUAAUGUCUCUCAUAAUAAUUCCAAGAAAACCAAGGACGAGUAUGAAUAUUACUACGACAAGCCGACGUUGCCACCGUCUUUGCCAAACUUGAAGAUCAUUCCUUUCGUUGCAGCGGACGCCGUCGUGGACGAUGAUACGUCGUCGAAGAAGAGCCACACGUUUCAUAUUGUAGACAGACAUGAUAAAUAUCCCGUGUAUUACCCCAGCGGUGAGGGGAAGGACGUUCCUUUCGCAACCAGACGGGAGGACUUGUAUAACCCAACGCAGUUCCCAAUAUUUUUAUCGAAAAAGGUAGAAUCGGCGCAGUAUCCACUGUCUGUACAUGAGGUAGACCUCACGAAUGAGUACCAAAGUAACGUUGACAUAAUAACAUCAGUGCAUGAUUACGGCGUGACCAGCGCCCUCGGCAACGACUUGCCACAAGCGCACAAAGCUACGACCAAACUACCAGGCCACAAUACUAAGUUUGAAUUAGAAACACCGGUCGUCAAUUUGUUCUCACCGCCAGUGGAAACUGAAGGAGGAUUUGUCCCAAAAGACCCGGCGAUAAUUGAUGACUUCUACGCAUUGUACACUAGCACCCCGCCCGGCUCCAUUAUGCCACAUCUAACUACUUCCAUGCAACUUGAUACUACCAAAGAAUGUGUGUCAGAGGACGGUCAGAGAGUGGUCGAAGGAGAAGCGAUCAGCAUAGCGUGUUCCGUGUGUACUUGCGCCUGGGGUGAGCUGCAGUGCGCGGCGCGGCAGUGCGCCAGCCCGCACGGCUGCAGGCGGCGCCCCGCCACCGCAUCCUCACGAGACAAAUGUUGUGGUGACCUCAUGUGUAAUUCAGAAAACAUAACUACACCAUCUCCACAGUAUGUAUCGACACGAAGUGUACCGGUAACACAAAAUAAAUCUCAGGAAAUACCAGCAAAUAAUUCUGAUGCAUUUAUGAAGUCAAGUAUAGUGGACAAUACUACAUCCAAAGCGUUUACACAGACUACUGCUAAGUCAAGCGUAGUUACAAUUGCCUCAACAAUAAACGAAGAGUGGUUGAAAGCAGAAGUAACCAAGACCGAUUUAGAACAAACUACCACAGAAAAGAAUGAGCAAAGCAGCAAAGCGACAACAGUCGCUGAAGACUCGGAAAAGGAGAUUGAUAAUUCACAGGAAUAUGAUGACGACAGCGAUGACGAGGGAUUCUCAUUGGGAAGUGUUCUAAAGCUGUUGCUAAGCGACAGUUACGCAACCACCACAUCAGCGCCCGUAAAGCAAUCGACAGUAUCUGUAACACAAAUACCAAAUAUCGUACCAAAAACAACUCAGGCGGCAACCACAAAGAAACAACCGAUGAAAACCUCCUCGCCGGUCGUUUCGGUUACAAACCGACCACCGUUCAUCCCCGUGAAACAUCAACCACCUCAAAGUGCAAUAAAUCGUAUCGAUCACUUGAUACUGGGAGAAUCUACCACCAUUAAGAAGAUGACCCCUCGUCCAGCUGUUCAGCCAUUCAGGUCGAUUCCUAACAGAAAGCCCGCGCCGCCAAAAUCGUACACAACUGAAAAACCUUUCAUCUCAUCUAAACCAGUUGGAGUUACUAAAAAAACCGAUUACGUCGAGUACGCGUCCGUUACGCAGGAGAACGUCCGACCGUCCACAUCGAAUCACCUCGGCGGCCUGGGCCCAGGGUUCCUGAAACUGGCUGGCUGCAACAUCUAUGGCAAAAUGUAUCGAGUCGAGAGGAUAAUAUCGGAGCUAUCGUCCUCAUGUCAGGAAUGCAGGUGCACGGAGCUGGGCGUGCAGUGCCGCCAGCUCGCCUGCGCCGACACCGCCGGAUGAUGCACCACUUGUUCACGAACUGCUCGCCGUCAAACUCGAAUGCACCAUAUAUUUACUGGAUUAGAUAAAGUUGUACAAAGUGCGAUGGAUUUAGUUAAGAUGUCUCAUCAUAUCAGAUCCUGCGAGUUAAGGUAUCGUUAGUGCGAAAGAAAUUGUUAUUUAUCGAAUAGGUCACCGAAAACCGUUAGCGUUGAUCUCAAAUAUAGCUGUACCAUAGACAUUGUAUUCAUUUAUUUCGCACAAAAUAAAGUGAUACGUCGACGAAUGUUUAGAUUAUAAUCUCGGACGCCAAUAAUUUAAAAGAUAAGAAGCUAACUUGCCAAUGUAAUGUUAAAUGAAUAUUAGCAUAAUUACGCAACGAUCAAAGAAAUAUAAUAUCGGCCAUAA